AGGACUAUACCAGACAUUGUACAAACUGAGCCACCCAUAAGGCGAAGACAACCUAAGUUAGUGAGGACUAUACCAGACAUUGUACAAACUGAGCCACCCAUUAGGCGAAGACAACCUAAGUUAGUACAUACUGAGCCACCACGAAGGUGA